AUGGUUAAUCCUGUGCUCAUUGAUACAUGUCAAAAAUGUCAAGAAGCAGUGGCUGAGCUUUUCCAGGAGUCAGAAGUGGCCAUCGACAUUGAGGGUGUCGACUUGAGCCGUGCCGGCCAAGUGUGCUUGAUCCAGAUGUGUGGUGCCUCCAUGGACAAGGUCUUUCUGUUCGACAUCCACCAGAUGCAGGAUAAAGCCUUCGAAGAGGGUGGCUUGAAGCAACUCUUGGAGUCACCUGACAUUUUGAAGGUCUUCUACGAUGUGCGUGCAGACAAUGAUGCUUUGUUCCACCUACAUGGGAUUCAAGUGCAAGCUUCCUACGAUGUUCAAGUUUUAUGGCACUUGAAAUUUCAGCACCCCGAAGACAUCCACUUGCAGGGGCUGAAAAAGAUCUUGGCCGUUUUCUUGGAUGAGACCAAAGUCCUCACAAGGGCUCAGAUUGCAAAGAUGGAUGCCAUCAAGGAAGAGGGGCAGAAGUUGUUCGCGCCUGAGCAAGGAGGAAGUUAUGAAUUUUUGGAAGAUGAGGCCUUUGCGACCCAUCCUUGUGCAAUAUGCAGCCAUGGAUGUGAAGUUUUUGUUAGACAUGAAGAGGCACUGGACUCCCCAAGAUGCAGAUGUCGCAAAGAAGCUUGA